AUUCUUACUCUUAUAUUGCACUUUUGUGGGGUUUGGACCUCCCGCAGCACCGACAACUGCCAUGCCCUACAUUCCAUUCCACAACAAAUAUUCCCCCAGCCCAGUUCCGUGGAGAAAGAAAUUUGCGUCUAAUAGACCAUCCCUUUGGUGAGGUUGACAGGUUAAGAUAAAUAUCUACUUGAUCCCCGAGUCUGGUGUUUAUACUCUCCUUCAACCACUGUACUACAUCUCUUGUUAGCUGCACAACGUACAACCUUUCUCCAUCAUGCAUGUUGCCACCUUCCUCAUCUCUCUGCUUGCCACCGGCGCAUUGGCCAAUCUGAACCUUGAUCGUGACCGUGAUCCUGACCAUGACCCCGACCACGAUUCUGAACACGAUUCUGGCCAUGAAAAUGGUCAAAGGCGGAUCUGUCCAGGUCUCGAUACACAGGACAAAGGCUGCAUUCGAUACACUCGAGGCUUUGAUGUUACCGGUGUCACUACCGAAGUCGAUCUCACCUUCCCAGAAAUCAAAGACGAAUGCGAUUGCAUCCAGGCAUGUUUGGACCGCAUCGAGACUUGCGCCAACUAUGUUUGGAAGUUCUCAACCCCGGAAUCCGUUCGCUCCGGCCAUCGUACCUGCACUCUGUACUCCAAUUUCAACCUUCCGCAGAACGUAACUUUGGCGUUCAAUGUGGAUGACUCUGUCAAUAUCGAGCCUCUGGAUGACGAUAACAAUCCCCAGCGAGGAAGCCUCGUUCCGCAAGCUUUUAAAGAUGUUAAUCUUAAUACUACGGCCGACAAUGAAGCUGUCUCAGGUCCUGUUUGGGCUCUGUCCAAUGGGGAUAUCCAGUGUUAGAGCUGAGAUAUUCUGCCUGAGAGGUCUUGCUCACCUCAUACUGCUCUUUUGUGUUAGUUGGAAGCCGGCUGGCCGAACUAGGAUGCCUGUUGUUAGUUGCUCAUGUGCUAUUUAGUUGGUUUAAUUUGAAAAUUUCGCGCACAUUUUCAUUGUUGUUGUAGGCACGCGUGGAGGUAAAUCCUAGUAUGGGAUCAGCCCGUUCUUUCGCUUAGACUGUACACUCUGCAUGGAGACAAACUAUGGGGUGCGUCCCCUACCAAAGCCACGGCAGUGCAGUGCCUCCACAACACAACUUAGGAAGUUACCUCUUUCGUCCACGGGCCUCUGUCUGCCUCCAGAUGUGACAUUCUCUGCACUGGUCAAAUGUCACUCGAUCCGAGGAAUUACUAUAUAGCUUCUACAAGACCAAUGCUGGGAAUAAAUAGGAUUCCAUUCUCAACCGCGCUGGAGAAGGACAGCCUAGAAUAUGUGGAAUAUCGGG